AUGCUCACAGAUGCUGAAGAGCCAUUAUUACUCAAAGAACCUGGUUCGGGGGAAGAUCAACUUCAUUCGCAAGUUUCACAAAUCAAGAAGGACGGAUUAAAACGGUGGACAUUCCUUCCUUUCCUUUUCUUUCUCAGCUUGAUUUUAAAGUUCUUUCACAAAACACCUUCUGCAUAUAUUUGGAAAAACUUUGAUCUUGAUCAAGCUAUAUCUUUACGUCAAUGGCUCAUGUCAUCUAAACUUGGAUUAAACUUGACACUAUCUGAUGAAUCUUACGAUAAUGAUAAUUUCAUUCAUUAUAUUGAGAUAUAUCAACCCCCUAAAGAUCUAGCAUUGUCUUAUCUGAACAAUCAUUCGGUUCAAAUCCCACAAUAUGCUCAUGCGAUCAUACAUCAUGGUCCGGAAGAAACCAUUCGAGAUUAUUUAAUUGGACCAUUACCUAUUUCGAACGAAACGAUCAUGAAGAAUAUAACAUAUUUAAACCCAAUACCUUUAAAUGCUAGAAAUACGUUCAAUUGGACUAUUCUUGCUGAAUAUGGAAUGAAAUUGUUAUUACCUUUAGAACCUGUUUUCAACGAUUUGUUCAAUGCUUCUUUGGUAAAUCAAACUAUUUUACCGGCUGCAACUGGUCCAAUGUCUUAUGAUGGGAAAUGGCGUAGAAGUUGGGUACAAAUGAGAUAUAAUGUAGCUGGUAGUUGGUUACAUGCUGUUGAUUUCCAAUUUUAUGUGGACUUAUCCGGCACCGAUCCGAAUAAAUAUCACAUCAUCAAAAUCAUGCAUGAUAGCAAAAUCUACCAUUCAGUCGAAGAAAUCAUCAUAGCUUGGAAACAAGGUCUUCUCAAAAGAUUCAAACCGGAUCUAUCUUCUUGGGCAUCAAGACAAAUCAGAGGAAGACAAAGAGAUUUAGACGAUCGUCAAGGUCCUAGAAGUGUACAAUUCUCCGGACCGAGAUUCAGAGUUGAUAUCAAAGAAGAUUGGGUAAGCUGGAUGGGAUGGAAUUUUUAUCUUUCAUUCGAACGUGAUAUGGGAUUACAUUUUUGGGAUAUUCGAUUUAAAGAUGAAAGAAUCAUUUACGAACUUUCACCUCAAGAAGCAAUGUCACAAUAUUCAGGUUCAGAUCCACAUCAAGCUUCUACAGUUUGGUUAGAUAGUUCUUUUGGAAUGGGUGGAUCAGUUAGAGAAGUGAUUUUAGGUUAUGAUUGUCCUACUUAUUCUAUGAUGCUUAAUGCUACGAUACAUGAAUUAGGAAGUUCAGUUAGGAAGAACGCUAUUUGUAUUUUUGAAAGGGAAUCGGAUAGACCGUUAAGUAGACAUUUUGGGGAACAGGAUGGUGAAUCGGGUGUAGUGAAGGGUUAUGAGUUGGUAGUGAGGACUAUCACUACAGUUGGGAAUUAUGAUUAUCUCUUUGACUACACUUUCAUGCUUGAUGGUACUAUCGAAAUACGACUCUCCGCUUCGGGUUAUCUACAAGGAGGUAUAUGGCAACAAUCGCAAAUUCCAUAUGGUCAUCGGAUUCAUCAAGGAGCCGUCGGCUCGUUACAUGAUCAUGUCAUCAAUUACAAGAUAGAUUUCGACAUAGUAGGAACGAAAAACAGUUUCAUGCAAGUCAAAUUAGAAACUGAAAAGGUGGAUCAAGAAUGGAUGGACGAAGAUUGGGGUGUUGGUGCGAUACAACAACGAAUGACCAAAAAUAUCUUACCAUACGAAAGUUUACUGGAAUGGCCAAAUAAUAUGGAAGGCGCUUAUGUCAUUACAAACCAAGAUGAGAAAAACGCUUGGGGUCAUUCAAGAGGAUACACUAUCCAUCCUGGUCCUUUAUGCCAUUUAACAAAUCUUGAAUCUAAACGGACUGAGAAGAAUGUUAAUUGGGCAAAACAACAUUUGGCGGUUUCGAGAAGGAAAGAAGAAGAACGUUGUAGUUCUUCAAUUUGGAAUGGUAAUCUUCCCGGUGCACCUCCCGUGGAUUUCUACAAAUUUUUUGAUGAUGAAAGUAUAGAGCAAGAGGAUUUGGUGGUUUGGGUUAAUUUAGGUACUCAUCAUAUUCCUCGAGCAGAAGAUUCACCUAAUACCCUCACGAACUUAGCCACUAGCUACGUACUUCUAUCUCCUUGGAAUUAUCAUGACUAUGACCCUUCCAUCGACUCUCGUAAUUCCGUCAUAUUGAAGAACGACGGUCAUUGGCAUGUUGAUGAAGCUACCAAACCGGGUCACUGUAUUCCUUCAGCACCGGAACCACUGGUCUACUCGGGGUUGGAAUCAUAUAGAGAAGAUGGAUCUCCGGGUCAAGGAGAAUUGGGCAAUUGGUUAUUGGGUGUCAUGCCGGGAAGACAGGGAGGGUAG